GCUUCGAAUAAUUCGUCAAAACCCUUUUGUUUAAUUAUAUUUUAUAUUUUAUUUUAUAUACGAAUUAUUAAUAAACAAUAACGAAAUGGCCGGUAGCGAUCGUAUUACUAUUUUUCCCUCUAGGGCAAAUUUUGUUCUAAUGAAACAGCGCAUUGCGAGCGCCCAAAAAGGUUUAAGUCUCUUGAAACGGAAGCGUGAUGCUCUCGAAAUUCAUUUAAGACAACUUGCAUCGGAAUUGAAAAUAAAUCGGCAAAAAUUGGAAGGAGUAAUGCAUGAUGCCAUAUUUUCACUUGCAAAAGCCAAAUUCUUAUGUACAGAUUUCAAACCGGCCUCUGUUAUAAAUCCCGAUAGGGCGGAUAUAUAUUUGCGUAUUAAAAAUACUAAAAUUGUUGGAAUGCAAGUUCCCACCUUGGAACUGAUGCUAAGACAAACAAAUGCCUUAAAUUUUACUGGGCUUUCAGGAGGAGGUCAGCAAGUAAAAAUAGUACGAGAAAAAUUUCAAGAAGCUCUUAAAAUAUUGGUGGCAGUGGCCUCAUUAGAGUAUUCCGUCAAUGCCAUACAAGAAGCUGUGAAACAAAAUAAUAUGCGUGUAAAUGGUUUAGAGUAUGUUGUUCUGCCUCGUUAUCAGAAUACAGUGACCUAUAUACGUGAUGAAUUGGAUGAAUUUGAAAGAGAAGACUUUUAUCGUUUAAAACGUUCCCAAGCCAAACAGUUAAAGAAAAAGUCUGACUUUAUAAAACUAAUGAGACAGCGUAAGAGGGAAAAAGAAAGUGUCCAAGAUCCUGGUUAUGAUUUCACCGAUACGCAUUUAAAAACACCCGCGUAUGAAGUAAUAGCCACCAAACCGGAAUCUAGUGUACAUGAACGUCGAAAAACUGUAGCUAAAAUUAUAGAUAAAACUACAAUUGUUGAAAUAGAGGAUCCCAAACCUCUUAAUUUGGAUGUGCAGUUUUCUAAGGCUGUUUUAAUUAAAAAUAAAUAUGAUGAUGAUGAAAUGGAUAUAAAACCUAAACUAGUAGUUUCCUCAUCAUCAUCUUCUGCUUCAUCAUCAUCUGCAGAACAUAGUCAGUCCAAUUAAGUUGGAGUUGUAAAUAUUUUAAUUUAAUAUAUCAAAUUUAUAAAACGUUUUUCGUAACUAAAUUGUUAUCUGGAAAUGGUCUGUGUACUGUAAGUCCGUUUACAAGAAAAGUUUUUCUGAUAAAAUUGUUUGUUCUAAAUUUUCUACUUUUUGCAACCAAUGCCAGCGGACUUCCGUGUGUUGUCAUAAUUGCGCAAAAAUAUACAAAUAAAAACUAUAUAAAUGA